GAGGGGAAUCGGCGAGCGCGGGAGCGGCGGCGGCGGCCGAGGAUGCCGAGCUGCGAUCUGGGCUGCCGUGAGCAUGGCUCCAUCUGGCACCGCAAACCCAGCCCGGCGGCACGGGGCGGCUUGUUUCUUUAUGGUGCUAAUGAAGAACGAAGUUCCUUGUGAGAGCUGAGCUACAUUUUCAGAUAGCGUGGCUAUGAUGAUAAGCCAGCAUACAAAGUUAUAGUAAACAUAAUUCAUAGUGCCACAGGAUAUCAUUCCAAGGCAAUACGUUUUCUGAAUGUGGCUUUUGACAGUUCUGGAGAUUCUCUGCUUGCUGGAGACCACCAAGGAAAUAUAUACGUUUUUGACCUGAAUGGAAACAGGUUCAAGCUUGUUCAGCGAACAAUGCAGGCUUGCACUGCUUUGGCAUUUAAUCUUCGCAGAAAGACAGAAUUCCUGGUGGCUUUGGCUGAUUAUUCUGUGAAGUGCUUUGAUACAGAAACACAGGAACUUGUUAGUUGGAUGAGAGGCCAUGAUUCUUCAGUGUCUUCCAUCUCUGUCCAUGGCUCAGGCAGAUAUGCCAUCACCACAUCCACUGAUACAGCACAGCUGUGGGACUUGGACACCUUUCAAAGGAAAAGAAAGCUUAAUGUUCGUCAGUCUGUGGGUAUACAGCAGGUUUUCUUUCUUCCACUGAGUAACACCAUCCUCAGCUGUUUCAAAGAUAAUUCUGUUUUUGCCUGGGAAUUUGAUACUCUUCACUGUAAAUAUCAGUUGCCAACUGCAGUAGAAGGCUCUGCAUUACAUUAUAAGGUCUUUGCAGUUACCAGAGAUGGCCGGAUUUUUGUAGCUGGCGGAAAAUCAAACCAUCUUCACUUAUGGUGUUUAGAAUCAAAGCAGUUGGUAAGAAUAAUCCAGAUGCCUACAGAAGUACGAGCUGUCCGUCAUCUGGAAUUCCUCCCUGAUAGUUUUGAUGGGGGCUCCAAUCAGGUCCUUGGAGUGUUAAGUCAAGAUAAUAUUAUGAGAUUUAUCAGUAUAGAAACAUACAAAAUUCUUUUUGUCAUUGGGAGUCAUGAAGAAGGAAUUAGUACAGCAGCAAUUAGCCCCAAUGGACGGUAUAUUGCAUCAGUAAUGGAAAAUGGUAGCCUUAAUUUAUACAGUGUCCAAGCUUUGACUCAGGAGGUGAAUAAGCCUCCACCUCCGCUGUUCAAAGUAGUAGAGGAUUGGCCCAAGUGCAAGUCAGAGGCAAACAAGCUGACAAGAAGAGUGACUUCAGGAAGGUCAGAGCAGCCUUGGAAAUCCAAAGGAAGCAAAAUUCACACCAGACUGCUGAAAGUGCAAAUGAAUGCACCACUUGAAAAUAAAGAGAAUGAAUUGCCAGGUGGGUUAAACAAGAAACGCUUACAGGCCUUAUUGAAAGGAUAUGGCGAGUAUCCAGCAAAAUACAGGAUGUUUGUUUGGCGUUCCUUAUUACAGCUUCCUGAAAACCACUUAGCAUUCAGUAGCCUGAUAGAUAAGGGAACCCACAGCGCAUUUGUGAAUAUUCAGAAUGAGUAUCCCCUCAAAAGCAGGAAACUGCUGAGAGUUUUACAGAGGACCUUAUCAGCUCUAGCUCACUGGUCUGCUAUCUUUGGCGAGACACCAUAUAUUCCUUUGCUAGCCUUCCCAUUUGUAAAAUUAUUCCAGAACAACCAGCUGAUCUGCUUUGAAGUUGUUGCUACAGUAGUAGUUAAUUUUUGUCAGCACUGGUUUGAAUAUUUUCCCAAUCCUCCAGUUAAUAUCCUUAGCAUGAUGGAAAAUAUUUUAGCACAUCAUGACAAGGAACUCCUUCAGCAUUUAAUAAAAUACAGUGUGACUUCACAGGUUUAUGCCUGGCCUCUUCUAGAAACCCUGUUCUCUGAGGUUCUAACAAGAGAAGAAUGGCUCAAAGUCUUCGAUAAUAUCUUCUCUAACCAUCCCUCGUACUUCCUAAUGAUUGUUGUUGCCUAUAUUAUUUGUUCCAGAGCUCCUUUGCUUCUCUGUAAUCAAAGUCAGGAUUUUGAGUAUUUCUUUCAUCAUCGUAACAACCUGGACAUUAACACUGUGAUUAAACGAGCUUAUCAUCUUAUGGAGACUACACCACCAGAUAUCCAUCCACAACGUGUGCUUGAUGACUUCAUGCCACUUACAAAAGGACAGUACCCUGUAUUUAACAAAUAUCCCAAGUUCAUUGUGGAUUAUCAAACUCAGGAACGGGAGAGGAUCAGACAGGAUGAAAUUGAAUACUUAAGAGAGAGGCAGUUAGUGCAUGAAUUAGAAGCUAAAGCACAGGAACGGAAAGCAGAAGAUGAAGCCUUCUACAGAAAGCAGGAAUUACUCCGAGAAGCUGAAGAACAAAGGCGAAAAAUGGUACUGGAAGAGGAAGAAAAGCUGGCAGAAAGGAGGCGGAGACUAGCUGCUGUGAGAAGAGAACUGAAAGUAAAGGAACUACAAUUUCUAGAUGCUUCAAGAAGGCGUUUUCUGAAAUACCAGCAAGAUUGGCGUCAAACGGAGCUGAAACGUCUUGAUGAUGACAUUGCAAGAAAGGCAUCAAUGAGAGAGCAAGAAACAGCUGCUACUGUUCAAGAUAUAGAAGUACGACAGAUGGAACUUGAAUCACAAAGACAGCUUUUUGAACAGCGUCUUAUCAAAGAUCAAGAGGCAAUUACACAGGAAAUGAGAGAAGAGAUGGAUGAAAGACAAAGAAAGGCAGAUCUUGAAGACCACAUUGUUCAGAGAUGGAUAGAAACAGAUCGAGAAGAAAGACAGAAAGCUCAGAUGGUGGCUGAAGAAAAUUUAGCCAAGGCAGAGCAGAAGUGCAUUGACCAUGAAUGGAGGCUGCAAGCAUUGUAUAAACUAAGGAGCGAUGAUGAGGACCGUGAGAAGCGUUAUGAAGAGAUAGCCAAGCUCCUGCAUGACAACAGGGUGAAAGAAGCUGAGCUGCUGAAAGCCAUGAGGGAGGCAGAAGAAAAAAAGUGGGAAGAAGUUACAUGGAGAAAAGCACAACUGGAGGAAGAGCAGAAGGCAGCUGCUGCUGCAGAUAAACACAGGAAACAGUUUUUAGAAGAUGAAAUGAAUGAUGCAUUAGAAUUGGCUGAAAAGCUGCAAAGAGAGGAUGGCUAUUUUGAGAGACUGCGUGAUUUAAAGAGCCGACGUGCAGAGAGAGGGGUAGAAUUCCAGCAGGUGCCAAAGUCUGCAAACAUCUGCCUGAAUGAUUUAUGUGCAUCUCAGUCGUCAUCGCACACGUCUUUAGCUGGAAGACAAGAGCUGGCACGCCAGGAGUGGGAGCUGAUGGCAGAAGUCAGGCAGCUCAGGCAGAAGCUCACAGCGCGGGCCCAAACCAGGCGUCCUCCAGCUCACAUCUCACCCACACGGUGGACAACCUGAGCUGGUUUGCUCCGGACCUCAGCUGUACUUCAAUCAAUCAAUCAAACCCCGACUAUGUGUGAUGUGAUUAAGGACUGAUCAUAGGGUGUUUAUUAUAAAUAAAGGCUUUUGGAAAUAUUUUUAUAUGAAAAUAGAAUUCUGGCUAGAAAAAUGUGCAGCAUUUGUAACCUCAUCGUUUUCCCCAUAAUUGUAAUAUUAUUUUUACUUCUAAAAUAAACUGACUUUUUACCAUUAAGUUAUUUCAUAUA